ACAGCUUAUAAUGCAGAGCCGCAGUAAAGCCUGCUGUUAUAAUGUUCUCAGUUCACAUGAGAAUUUUUCCCUCUGCGUAAUUUCCAGUCUCUUUUUUCCCCGGGUAACUUCAUAGUCGUCCAACCUCUUUUUUCUCUCUUCUUCUCCCAGACUUUUUUCCUUUUUCUUUUUUUUUUUUCAUGUAGGCUAAUAUACAGGCCGGCGCUGCAAUUUCGGAAUCUGCCCUUGUAUAUGGCGGACGAAAAUUUCCACAGGAGGAACCGCAACACAAACCCCCGGUGCAAGGCAGAAACGGAGAGCUUGCACGGACCGAGUAAACCUCGGCAAAUUCAUGAUUUAUUACGCCAUUACUCUUUACUAAAAUGUAACGUAGCGUGUCACGGAGGAAAAAAACGCUGUGGUGAAAAUUUUUAACAUUUGGAAUUUCUCAUAACUAAUUCACAAUUUUUUUUUUUUGAGGAAGCAGUUGUGCAGUCACCCCUGGUCGGGGAGGGAAGAUUUCUGGAGCGGGAGCCUGUUUCGCAUGAGCUGCAUCGUUUUUGGAGAAGCACAGGCUCAGAGGAGGCGGAGUCAUGAGUGCACAAGAGGCACCCAAUCCUGGGAAGGAGCAGGCGGACAGUGGGAGUGUGGCCACAGAUGGCCCCUCACCAACCUUAGCCUCAACGACCAAGAAUACUAGUCCACCACCUGUCACAGUCAAGAAAGAGCCUGGGACCUCGGAGACGAGCAACGGGAAAGUCGGUGAUGCCAACCCUGCUGAGAUCUGUGUUGUCAUUGGCGGAAAUGAUGGAGGAGCAAGUGGAGGCGGAUCCCGUAGAGCUCAGUCCGAGGGUAUGUUUGCCCUUGGUACUCCUCCUCCAACGAAGAGCACAGACUCAUGCAUAGGUUCCUAUGUAUGUGGGGUAUGCGGGAAGAAGUAUAAGUAUUAUAACUGCUUUCAGACGCACGUCAGAGCUCACAGAGAAUCAGAGUCCAUGGUUGGGGAUGGUCUGCCCCAGACACCCAACAGUAGCUUCCGUUACUCCUGUGACAUCUGUGGCAAGAAGUAUAAAUACUACAGCUGUUUCCAGGAGCACCGUGACCUGCAUGCAGUCGACGAUCCUUACGAACAGGUAGUGUUACCUGUGGAUGGCCUUAAAGAGGAGGAGCCAGUUGAACCCUAUCAGAAAAUUGGACCAAGGGAAAAAGCACUCGCCCACCUCCGCAGAGACCGCGGGUUCAACCGACGGCAGCGGGUGUCCCUUCAAACACAAUUGGCAGUGUUCGCAGAAACUGGGAGCUAUGUCUGUGAGUUCUGUGGGAAGCAGUACAAGUACUUCAACCCAUACCAGGAGCACGUUGCUCUUCACACACCGAUGGGCUCCUUUGAUAUGAAGGCAUCACGGGUACAGGAAUGCGGCAGUGUGGAUAUGAGUAAAUAUGGCCACAGCCAGGCUAAGAUAAAAAACAGUCCAUUCAGGCGGAAACUGGAGAGUGCGAUUCAGUCUAGUCUGGUUGACACAAACAGCUCGCAGAAUUCAAGCGGAACUCCGAGCCCUCUGGUGGCCAGCUCCUUCUCUACAACACAGAAACCCUACACUUGUGGUGCUUGUGGCAUCCAGUUCCAGUUCUACAACAACCUGCUGGAGCACAUGCAGUCCCACGCUGCUGACAAUGAGAACCACACCAAAGGGGACUCUCCCAAAACCUCCUCAGCCUCGGGUCCUCAGGAGCAACUGUGGAGAGGUUCUCAGGCUCAGGCCCAUUCCUCAGUUAAACUACAAAUCCAGCCUCAAAGUAUCUCCCAGAGAAACCACACACUCAGCCAAAACAAUGGACUACCUGAGAAGGAGCGACAGCAGGUGGCUGAGCGCCUCUUACGGGUAAUGUGUUCAGAUCUGAGCAUGCUGAACGUGCUUAACAGCAAGGACUUCCUGAAGUUGGCACAGACCCUAGUGGAUACGGGUGCUCGUCAUGGUGCCUACUCCACCCGUGAUGCUCUUGGCAACAUGAGUGCCUUGGCACUGCGCCAGCUGCCCAGGAUGUACAACCAAGUCAAAGUCAAGGUCACGUGUGCUCUUGGUUCUAAUGCCUCACUCGGCAUCGCCGUCACUUGCCACUCACAGACAUCUGGGCCAGAUGCUUGCUACAUUCUAACAGCCUACCAGGUGGAGGGGUCGAGACUGAAGCGCUAUGUGCUCGGUGUGAGGGAGGCUGAGCUGAAGGAAGGGCCUGAGCAGGUUCACCACUGGGUGCAGAAUGUGCUGUCUGAGUUUGUGAUGUCAGACAUUCGCACUGUGUAUGUCUCAGAGCCCAGGGUGUGGUCAGCAGGAUUCGCGGGAUCACCGCUGGGCAGCGGAGGCCGGGGGAGGAUAUGUUUGAGAUGCGCGGGGUGUUCACUCGGUGCAGUUGUCCAGGCCGUUCUCGGGAAACGCAGUCUCCAGGCUCGAGGUCUCCAUGAAUUGGCCGAGCUUCUCUCAACAUGCAGAGACAUCGCCUCCUCCACCACACUGUCACUUCGCGAGGAACAGUGCACCAACACAUCCACAAGCACAACUGACGAAGGUACACAGAGCAGCCCUGCGCAGUGCCCCACUCCUCCUUGCUGGGAUCGCAUGGCUGAAGCUCUUCUGCAGGUCCAUGCCCACUUUGAACAGAUUUGUGAGGCUUAUGGACGCAGUAAGGCCACAGCUCCUCUACUGCAAGGUCUCAACAAGCAUCUGCUAGGCACGCUGGCUUGUCUGUUGGCACCUCUGCGUCUGGCAGCUCUUGAACUCAGUAGCCAGAGGAGACCAACCUUACAGCAGGUGCUGCCUGUCUACCUACGCUUGGAGAAGUUUUUUACAUCCAAAGCAGGAGAGGCUGGAACUGGCACAGCUAGCAAACUCUGCCACUACUUCCUGGAAGCACUUAAGGAAAAUUUCAAGGUUGAACGAGCUCACCAGGUAGCCAUGGUCCUGGACCCACAGCUGAAGCUGCGGUCAGUGCCAGCCUACCAGCAUGAAGACAUAAUCUCCCGUGCAUGCGAAAUGGCUGCUGAAACCAGGGAUGGAGGUAUGACAGGUGGUGGAGGGUCAGGUGGAGACGAGCGGGACACUGACGGCCCACCAACCCCUAAAAUUAGCCGUGUGGAGGGAGGUGGAAGCAAUGGUGGCACCUCAAGGGGGACGUCCUCGUCUUGCGCAAUGUCCAGUAAUGAUGAGAGUCAGAGCCAAGUUAGGAAAGAGAUUUUUCAAUACCUGGCUGAGCCUCUUCUCCAAGGCACACCUGAUCUCUUCCAGUACUGGAGCUCAGCAGUGGGUGAGAAGUUCCCCAGGCUUGCCCGCCUGGCACUGUGGCUCCUCGCCGUGCCCGCUGUGGGCAUACGCGGCGAGUGCGUGACUGUGUGCGAGCAGAGCCUGGCUAUGAAGCGGAGGCAGCAGGUAACCGCUGAGGAAAUGAACAAACUCAUUUUCCUUCGCUCUAACAUGGGCUAGAAGAAAAACCUAACCAACCCUAAUCAACCAAACUUUCACCUCCAACGAAUGACUCAAGACUAUUAUUUAUAUACUGUAGGUUUAGACCAACUGUAAACUUCAAUGUGUAUGGACAUUAAAUACUUCUCGAGACAGAUAUUUACAGGAAAACUCACAUUGUAUAGGUUGCAAACACCCAUAAAACAGCUUAGAGCAUAUUUUAUAUGGAGAAAGGACUGUUGUAAAGUACUGUGGACAAAAUGUAGGGGUGGAACGUUAACUCUCAAAAGAUUGUCCUGUUUGGUACGGCACCCUCGGUUUGGGAUGCACAUGUAAACAGGAUGAGUUUCGGUCUUCUCUCGGCCAGUGAUUUGAAUUAGUCCAGCCUAAUGACUAAACUGCUAUAAGGCUAUAAUGCUGUUAUUCUCACUGGAUGGCAACACUUUCAGGUAAAAUCAGCUUUCACUGCUUGAAACUACUGUCAUAGACCUCUGAAAACAAUCAAACUAGAUUGUUAAAGUUGUGAAAGAAGGGGGAUAUAGAUACUGUAGCAUAUACAGUAUGUUGUGGAAAUAUCAUUUUUAGUGGUGUAUGACAACAAAAAUCAAGUGGUGAAUCUUCACUGCCAUCGUACUUCUUGACAAUUAAGUGUUCUAGGUUUAUGAUUUAUUGUAAUGUACCACUGAAAAUGAUAUGUUUCAACAUAUUCAGCCAUGGGAGAUAUCCAGGAGCUAAAUAAUUACAGUUAAUUUGAUGGUUGCUUCAGAAUGUAGCUGCAGAUCAUUUGCAUGCACUACACUGCAUGCAUAUUUCAUCCAGAAGGGUAAAAAAACAGCUGAUUACACAAGAAUUCUGAUAUGAUGCUUCCCCCUUUGUUUAUGCUACAAAAUGUAAAGUCAUCCAAUGGUUUGUUUUCCUUCUAAAAUGAAACAGGUAAAACAUACUAAAGCGGUCUUAUGCUGCUAGAUACGCAAGUCAAACUGCUAGACUUGCACAGAAGACCGAAAUUAUAAGGUAGACUUGAAUAAACUUGAGUUUUCUUCACAAAUAUUUGUUUGGUACAUGCACAAAGAUGGCAGCAUUAUAUCAGAACCUGUUUGCGGUCAGCUUCUACACUGAUUUCAUUCAGCCUUACUAUACGUCCUACCUUAGCUGGAUUGCACCAACAACUUAGAAACGUGCUGAAUAAGUAAUUCUUAUGUUGUCCUUUAAUACUUGAUGGAACAACCCAGCUUGCAUGUCAGUUAAUAAACAACUACAACAUCUAGAGGCCAUUUCCUCUAGCUUGAUGAUAGUUUCCGGUGCUGGUUAUUCAGGAAUGCCACAUCAGUCAGCUCUGUGAAAAGACAUCUACAGUUGUGUCUUUAACUUUCAUCAGUACACCUCUUUUUACAUUGAAGAUGUUUUGCCUGUGUAUUGCCCUCAGAUAAACAGCAGUAAUGUAAUUAGCCAUCAGUUGGUAAGCUUAUAGGCAAGGAUUUGAUUGAUAAUUACGUAAAUCCUUGUUGCCCACUGUGUGCAUGUGGGUGUCUAUGUGUGUGUAUGUGUUUGUUUUCAAAGCUCAGUUAGAAAACUUUUCCACAGGAAAGUUCCGAUUAUUAUCUUAUUUAUUAUUCUUUCCUCAUUUAUCAUUCUAAUAUAAACAUUGUCUUCCUUAUGUGAGCUACAAAUUUUCAUUUUUUUUAAGGCAAUAAGCUUUAUCAUGAGGCAUAGCUUCUGACUUUCUCUGUUAAAACUGACUGUUGUCACGACGCUCCUACAUUUUUAUUAUUAACAGUAAAUUAUUUUCUCUUUGUGAAAUAAGUGGGAUUUUCUCAGGAAUUAGUGCACCCAAGCAGGCACCGCCACUUUUUCCUCACUGAACCUAAAACACACCAAACUGUGACCUCAAUGCCGAGGUAUGUACUGAACCGUGACUUUUGUGAAACGUUCCACCCCAAAAUGCAGUUAGUGCCAUUUGCAACAAACGAAAAAAAAAGGAUCACUAAGGGUUUAUUUCUUUCAGGACAAAACAAAUUCUGCCAGUACAUUCACUAAAGUCAACACUUGCAUACUAAUGAAGUCAAGUUAUUUAUUUUUUUAUGGAAUCUAGAAUACAUUUACGUGAGCUGAUACCUCCUAAAAUGACUUGGAUGAAUGGAAGUUAUACUGUAAGAUUUGUUUGUUGCCUCUGGUACUAAUUAGUCAAAUACUUUGUCAUUUGUGUUUUUGGGCCUUAAGUCUCUUUCAUGCGGUCACCUUAAACCCUUCAGUCAGAGCCAACAUCAUGCCUUUAUAUUGCUGUUCAAUGGCCUUCGUUCCACCAUCAUUUCUAAAGCUUGUAGAUUUUGUUUUUUUCUCUCCUGUAGACUCCAAGGGACUUAAAGCUGGUGGUUGGAAACAGUGUCCUCUAGUGGUCAAAUGUGGACUUUUUAAAAUCGUGGGCAACUGUGGUAUUUGACAAGUGCUUUAUUCCCAAGUUUUAAAAACUAAUUGCACAGGUAUGCUUUUAGAAUCAUCUCUCAGUUCAUAAAACAGGUCAGGAAUCAUUUUAACAAUAACACACCCAAGCACAAGUAUCCACUGUAUAAACGUGUAAAUGACUCAGUAGUAGAUUAGACACCACGUUUGCAGGUCUUUAUAGGGUUUGUACCAGAACAGGCAGAUAUAUCAACACUGACGUUAUGACAUGAGAUCCUCAUUUGGAUUUUGGUUAUCAUAAUAUUUGUGGUGCUGCUUAGAUAUUGUCUUUUGAUUCUAAAGGCUGCAGUACAGUUCAGUGAUUGGACAGCUCCACAUGAAUGAACAGGGAAUGUCUCUACCUGCUUGGCCAGACUUAACAAUAUAUAUAUAUAUUUUUUGUUUUGUUUUUUUGGCAGAGGCUAUAUCACGUACUCCUGAUUUAAAUGUUAAACACUAAUAGUCAAAAUGUCCUAACAGUAUCAACAGAAAAUAAAAUACUACCAUAUCUGCUUUGUCAUGUUGCCCGGCCUUAGGCCGCAGUACAACUCAAAGUGCGGUCACAUUACGCUUCUGCCCGACAACUAUUCUCUCAGCUUCUCAUUCAUUUCACUUGAAGCCUGUAUGGUGGACAAAUUUAAGCAUCCAUUUCCUGACCUUCCACGAGUCAGAGUUUACUAUUUUCAACUUACAAAUGUAUAUGCUUUGGCCGAUAGACACACCUUUACACUGUACUUUGAACAGGAAGAGUCCCUGUUCUGAUCCUUCCUAAUAGAAUAUAACUCUAACUUUUAUCCACACUAACAGACUGCAGACUGCAGCAUCACCUUCGUGGACUGUGUAUAGUUUAUAAUCGCUCUGAUCAGUGUUCAUUUGUCACUCACACUGGAGUCUUAACAUGACAUCCUUUUUCAAGGCUGAGUGCUUUGUUAAAAAUAAGGGUAAUGUGACCGUACCUUUAGCUUGUAAGGGCACAGGAAGUAGGAAGUCCAUGCACUGCGCACAGGAAAUUAAAGGAAAUCUGAGUGAACGGUCUCAUGAAAAGCCAAGGACAGAUCACAGUCUCACUGAAAUGAGAAUAUUGUCAGUUCACCCGAAUACAGUUGUGUGGGUUUUCAUUUAUAAAAUAAAAUUUGUCAACUUUUAUUAGAAAUGUAUAAGGUCUUAGCCAGUCAUUGGUGAAUGGCUCUGCAUUGAAAACACUUUCACAAGUAUAUAAGAUGCGUUUUAAUAGACUGUAGCCCUCUUUACCUCCAUUAACAGCUUUGAUUUAGUAUUUAUAAACGUUUUUCUCUCCAAAAUGGUUAUUUUAAAAAAAGAAACAGUUUUUUUCCCUAUGAUAUGUCUAGGUUGAUUUUGUUAUCAAACAUUUUAACCGUUUUUCCUCUGUUUUUGUAAAAGCUUGGGGAGAAUGUCUUGAUUCAGUGUAACCCAGACAUCAUUGCAUUGUAAUAAUUUGCAUUCCUAAAAUCAACACGUAAACUGCUGUUUUCAAACUCAUUUAUCAUUCACACAUUUAUAUUUUGGUAGGAAAAAAAAGAAAAUUGCUGUAAUUAUAUUUUCAAUUUAUUUUUAAGUACCAAUCCAAUGUUUUACCUCAGUACUCAGAAGGUAAUGUUGUAAUUUAGUGAUUGGAAAUCAGUUGUUCAUACAAAAAUUAGCUUUGGUCAAAGAAAUAGUUGAAAUACUGUGCAUCUGUUUGCGGUUUUAGCAGUGAUCCUCGAUUGAACUGAUGAUGAAGGGAUUUUUCUUACAGUUUUUAAAUAAGUAUUUUAAAAUAGGAUAUGCUCUGGGACAAAAUGCCAUUGUUGACGUAAUGAUGUCAACUUAAUUUUACUUAGAAAUAGCAUUCUUUUUUGUUGAUUAAAUGAGAAUUAUAUCUAAGAUAUGCAUGCUUUUAUUAAGAGUACUGAUAUAUAAAGUUAUAAGCCAGUGUUUCUCAUCAGAUGGAAGUGAAUUUUGUUGGCUCUGAGUAGACGUUACCUUAAGACACUUAUCAAAAGUUAGAUAAGCAACCCUGGACUGAAUUCAAGCCUGUCAAGGUGGGAGUAGCAAUGCUGAUCAUGGGUUGGUGUUUAUGGGCUGACAUCAUCCAUUUUCAGAGGAUGUAUUAUGUAAAUACAAGAGAACUGCUGUUUUUAUGCCACAAGGGGGCGCCUUCAUUUCAGAGAUACAGUAGGGAGCACCAAUAACAUUAUACCUCUUUUUUCUACAGUAGCAUUUCAAAAGGUUUUGAUAUAAUACAACUCAACUUAGAUACUGUUAUUAGAAAACUGAAAUCAGCUGUAAGUUUUAUUUUGUUUGAGGAUUUUAACUUAUUCAGAUAAUAAAAGUUCAAUUGUAAAAUAUGGUAUAAGGAUGCUAACAUGGAGAUCUGUUUAACUAUGGAUUAUAGUCUGUAUUAUCAAUUCAGGUUAAGAAACUAGUGUUGCUUUCAUCCUAUUUUACAGGCAUUUCUUCCUUUUAUACUCUGCUAAAAUGCAAAAAAUGUGUUUGAUUCUAUUCAUUUUGUCUUUUUUAUCGCACUUUGGCAGCAGAUUCCUGUGUAGAUUCAGAUCUGAGUUGUCUUAUUAGUAAGCCUAAUUUAUACUUUUGUAGCAACACUAUUUUUAUAUAAUGGCAAAGAAAGGGUUCAGUGUCUCUUUUUUUUUUUUCUCCUGUGUCAUAUAUGGCAGCGCUGUUCAAUGUUUCUUGAAUACAUUACCCACUGUAGUACGUGAUGUGUGAAUAAACUCCAAAUAUGUGUCAAA